AUGCUUUAUAUAAGUGAGAAAGGAGUUGCAUUCGGCAACUACGCUUUCAAUUAUGGAAUCCAGGACGGACUCGGUGCUGCCAACUCCCGAUCCGAAGUAGGAGAUGCCCACGGAAACAAGAAGGGGUCCUAUACCAUUGCCGACAUCGACGGAAGGGCCCGACGAGUCGACUACGUCGCUGACGGACACGGAUUCCGAGCCACGGUCAAGACCAAUGAACCAGGAACCGCUGCCAGUGCUCCAGCAGCAGCCCUCGUCGCCAGCCCUUACGCCGGACCUGUUGCCCCAGUCGUCAACCAUGUAGCCCCUGCUGCCGCCGUUGUUGGACAUGCUGCUUCCUACGCUGCUCCAUUGGCUGUUGCCGCUCCAGCUGUCGCUGCCCCAGUUGCGUAUGGUGGAGUGAUCGCACACGGUGCCGCCCUUGCUUCCCCAGUAGCUUACGGUGGAGUGCUCGGAUAUGGUCUUGGCCUUGCAGCUCCUCUUGGACUCGGAUACGGCUUGGGAUAUGGCAAAGCUCUCAUCCAUUAA